UGUAAAUUAUGGGGCUUUAAUCAAUAAUCCUCUUAUAUAAUUUGAAGUUAUUUUAAAUUACAAAUUGCGUGGUGUGUUUCUAAAGUUUCGAAGUUGUAUUUUUCGAUGUUCCCUCAUCUGGAACUACAAAUUAGUACUCAAAAAGAUUUCAUUUAACACAUAACAUUGCGCCUUCUCUAUGCAUUAACAUUCUCUUCUUAUAUGGUGGAUCGUUAACAAAAUUUGGCCACACGAACAUCUGGCAACUACGAAUACCGCUGUCUAGUUCAUUCUAGCAAUUUUUCGUCGAUUAUGUUUUGAGCUAGCAUAGUGUUCGUCACAAUAUUUUUAUGGCUGAUUCACAUAGAAGUUUUUGCCAAACAAUUGCAAGUUUUAAUAUAGAGAAACACGACGAAUAUUUAAGACUAUAUACAAAAACCGGAUUGUUUGCUUUUCAACUUUAAUUCUUUCUGCGCUAUAAACUGUUCGAAGAGACAUAGAUAUGUUAAUCUCCGCAGCAAUAUCGGUCCAUCGAUAUUAAGAAAAAUUCAUUUUUUAGAAUGGCAUGGUUUUUAUUUGCAAAGCUCAACUCUUUCAAUUAUAGGCGGUGUGAGUGUAUCGAAAAUUGGAAGCAUUUUCUGAUUGUAAUGUCCGGGUUACGGAGAAAAUCUGAGUUAUCAGGAAUGAUUCCGUAAGAUUUUAUCUGACGAUGUUGUUGGUUUAAGCAGAAGGGUGUUCGGUUAACCAGAAUACUGUUAUUAUUUUUAUCAUUAUAAUACUUAAAAACUGGUGAUGAGAAUGUACUUUUCUUCACUGAUAAAAUUUAGAUUUACAACUCGGUAUAUUUUUGACUUUCUGAAGGGUUCAAUAAAGGUGAUAAUAGUUUUCUCCAACAGAAAGUUAUAAUUUAUUUAUUUUUAUAGCAACAGAAUUUGUAAAACAUAUUUUCAAGUUGUUCAAAUUUGAAACAAACAGUCGUGUGGAAAUAUUUUUAGGUGGUUUAUUUAUUUUAUAUCAAUCUUUUCAGAAUAGGUGACUUGGAAGGUGAUAUAGAUUGAAAUUCAUACUAAAAAUUUCACAUCCCUAUACUUGUGGGCCAUAUUCCAAUUGUUGCAACCCUGUUAUGGCAUCCACUCAACGAUUGACAAACGAAACAGAUUUCUUUCCACUUCAGCCGAAGCACACGACCGAGAUAGGUGAAAAUUUUCAGAAAAUCGCUUCCGAAUUGGUGUAAUUCGUUUUUCGACCAGCAACGGAUAAAUAAGUGGACUUGUAAUCCUUAAAUAUUUUCAGUGCGUGGCUAGUUAUUAUAUAUUUUUUAAAAAGAUAAGUGUAAAUUGUGGGUUUUGCAGUUGUCGCAGUGCUUUGCAACGCAGUAAGCAAAGCAGCACCGCGCUGGCCGCAGUAGCGCCGCCAUUGGAAGAAAUUUUAAUACGUCGCGUUUUUUUUUUGCCAAUCUAUUUGUCGUGGCGCACCUGGCAAGAGCAAUUUGUGAGCUAAGUAAUCGCCAAAAACCAAAGGAAGUUUCAAGCUUUUUGUUGCACUUUUUAAUUUGUGUUACGCUGCUGAACAAUUUUCUGGUAGAUAUUGGGGAAAAAUAGCUGAAAAAUGAGUGGCGGAAUGCCCGAGUUGGGCUCAAAGAUCAGCUUGAUCUCUAAAGCUGAUAUUCGGUACGAGGGUCGUCUAUACACUGUAGAUCCCCAGGAGUGCACUAUUGCUUUGUCAAACGUUCGAUCGUUUGGAACCGAGGACCGGGAGACACAGUUCCAAAUUGCUCCACAGAGCCAAAUAUAUGAUUAUAUACUUUUUAGAGGUUCUGAUAUCAAAGACAUUCGGGUUGUUAAUAACAGCCUUCCGCAUCCAAAUGAUCCGGCUAUAAUGCAAGUGCAGCUACAAAAUGGGCAGCAUAUGAUGCCGCAUUUCCCCAUGCCCAACAUGAAUCCUCCCCAUGCACCGCCGAUGAAUGCAGUCGGAGGUUAUGGCAAUCCAUUUGGAAUGGGAGGAUUAGGUAUAGGAGGAGCUGGUGGUGGUGCACCUUCAUUAGCACCUGGAUCUGGAGCACCUGGACAAUAUAUAUUAGGUGGUGGUAAUCAACCACAACAAUCAACUCAACCGCCUCAGCCACAACAGCAACAACAAUCGAAAUCACAGCAACAACAAAAACAACCAAGUGAGUUACUUACCAACAACAACAACAACAAUCUGACCCAUGUUCAGCAACAAGACCAAAUACAGGAACAAACACAACAAUUAUCACUUCAUAAUAAAACAAUUGCAUCCACAAUACCAACGAAUCAGACUCAGUUGCAGCAGUAUAAUGAUUUAAAAGCAUCAACUCAAACGAAUUUAACGCCAACGUCGAACACUUUAAAUUUGGGAGCAAUUGGUGGUGGUGGUAGUAUAAUUGGUAGUAAUGGUAAUAGUGGCGGUGUCAUCGGUAGUAACCGUAGAACUAGCGGAGGCUCUAGCCUAAUUGGAGGUUUACUUGGUAGUGGUGGAGGUGCUUCUGCUGGUAGCAAUGUUACUAUUUUAGGUGCAACUAACAAAGUGAAGAAAAUAAUAUCUCAAGCUGCACUUAAUGAGCACAAAGACCAAGACAUACUUGCCGGUGCAUCGCGCUCAACGACACCUAUGAGCCAUGUUUCGCUAAAAAGCGGUUCACCCGAUGUGGCCGCUCAGCAACAGCAUCAAAACCAGCAUCCGAAUCAGAACACUGGACAUGGCGGCAACUCGCGUGAAGCUGGCCACAAGCGACAAAAUCAUCAACAACGUGGUGGCAACAACAAUCAACGCAACAAUGAUUUUUACCAACAGUCACGUGAUCGACGCGAUUCUGGACGUCACACCGACGGCAACUAUAAUAAUCAACAUCAUGAGGUUCGUGGUGGCAACAAUUAUAGCAAUCAACGUAAUAACCAUCAACGUGGUGGAGGUGGCGGCGGCGGUAGUGGACAAAAUCAUGCUUGGACCAUGCACCGUGGUGGACCUAAUAAUGGCAACAAUAUGAUGGUACGCAACCGAGGUGGCGGACGUGGGCGGAUGCAAAAUCAAGGCUUUCGACCAAUGGGCGGUCCUGCCGGCAAUCAAAAUAAACCCCGGAAUCCGAAGAAUGCUAUCAAAUUUUUACAAGAUUUCGACUUUGAACAGGCCAAUGUUAAAUUCGAGGAGCUACGUUCUCAAUUGUCCAAAUUAAAGAUAAACGGUGAAACUGACAAAAAGGAAGACUCUGGUAAUGAGACUGGUGCUGGCGAACAUGAACCGGAAGAAGAAGAAAUUUCAGUUGGAUAUGAUAAGACGAAGUCCUUCUUUGAUAAUAUUUCAUGUGAAGCUGCACAGGAUCGUAGUAAGAAUAAGAAAAAUGACUGGCGUCAGGAGCGCAAGCUAAACAGUGAAACAUUUGGAUUUUCAUCUACAAGACGUGGAGGAUAUCGUGGUCGCGGUAAUUAUUACAACCGUAAUAUGGGUUCUUAUAGCGGUGGUUAUAAUCGAAACUAUCGUGGAGGAAGUAAUUAUCGUAAUCGUAGCAGAAACCCGAAUGCUGCUUCAAACAACGCAAACGGCGGUACUUCUAAUACUAAUACUGGAAACUCCGGUACGUCUAAUAACCCUGGUGCCAAUACGGCUGUAGCACUGAAAACUCAAGUGCAACCACCGCAAACAUCGGUCUCAGCGUCUGGUUCAACUCCAAAUGCCACGAAAUUAGCAACUGUGGAAAAUAGCAACACACCGCAGCCAAUCGCAGCUGGCGGAGUUGGCCAAUAAUGAUAACAAUCCUCAGAACCAAAUAAGGCAUCAAAUACUACAAUAUUAGCAAAAGAAGCCACAAGAAAUCAACAAAUAUCAAAUAUAUCAAGUACAGUACAUAAAUGAGAACAUCAUAAAGGAAAGUAUCUAUGCAUCAUAAAUGGAAAAUCUAAUGGAACGUGCGGAAGAAAUAUAUAUUUAUAUACGGAUAUUCUUCGCUCUUUGUGAGAGUAGAAAUAUAAAGCUUAAAUGUGUUUUACCAAAUAUUUCUUCCACUCACUCCGAUGCAUACCAACAAGAAUUUACAACAUCAAUAUGUAUUUGAGCGUUAAAAAAGAGUUAAAUAAGACGUCAGCAAUGCGAAUAAUAUUAAUAAUGAUGAUUAAGAAUAUACAGAAAAGAAAAGAAGAAAAUACAACGUGGAAUCAUUCAAAGAUGUUAGUAACAUAGUUUUAUUAAAUCUGAUAUAAACAGAGGUCCAAACGAAAGAAUUACAACAAAAAUCAGCGAAAAAAAUUUAAGAAUUUGUAUGUUAUAAAAAUGAAAUGAAAUUGAAUUUUAAGUAUCUAAAAGAGAGAAUUAAUUAAAUGAAAAUAUGAAUGUUCUCUCGGAACGUAAGAAGAUCGCUCAUCAUCGAGCACGUUGGAUGUAAUUAAAAGAAAGGGUAAAGCUACUACUGUAAAGGCAGAAUUACAUUGUAGAAAUGGUGGUGGUAUGUUUUCAACUUCGAAGCAUACAAAUACGAAAGCAUUUACAAAACAUUAAAACAAGAGAAAAUAAAAUUAGAAAUUAAAUACGACUUUUAUGCUGAAUCCUUAAUUAAAAAAAAAGAAAUUCAAUUUAUAAAUUACAAUUACCUAUAAUAAAAACACAUUUUAAAAGUUUGCAGAGGAUGGGAGUGAGCCAAAUAAAAUCAGCAUAAAUUAAAUUCAUAAAAAGGAAACAUAAAUAUAUAUUAGCAGGUUAAUACAAAUGAGAGAAAUGUCGAUACGCCCAUACUUACUAACUACUCAUGCACACACUCCUACACACAAAGCUGGCCUAUAAUAUGCAAAGUAUCUUGAGAGUAGUAAAUGAACGUUAUCUCUAAAACGCACAUAAUACAUUGUAUAGCAAGUGGCGUCAACUUAACGGUGGCGGCAUUAUCACCUGUGUUAAGUUAAUUGAAGGAACUGAGUUUUGGGCCAAAUAGCUGAAAGCAAAGCCAAGCCGAGCAUAUGUUAUAGUUGGAGGAAAAGUAAAAUUCUAAGAAUUUUAUACUAGAAAUCAACAACUUACGUUUUCUCAACUUAAAUACUACUACUAUUAUUAUUAUUAUUACUAUUUUAAUUUUAAGAGUUAAAAUAUUUUAAAACAUUUACAAUUAAAUUGAUUGGCUAAGUUCUAAAGCAAAAAUGUUUGUCAAUAAUUGCACAUAUCCUUUAAGAAACUAACUGAACGAAUGCGCGUGCAGAUUGGUGCCGAUGACGAGUUUAACAUUUGUUUUGCUUUAUCAGGUUAGUUCGAUUUGUUAAUUAACAGUUUUCCUUUGCAAAGGCAUGUAUUACGUCGUACUCAUCUCAUAUCAUCAUGUAUAUGAUUAUCUUAAAGCAAAGUGCAAAAAUAAAGUUUCCUUCGAGAUAGUUUGAAUAAAUAA